AUGGCAGCACGAAAUUCCUACCACCACUGUCCAGGAGCCUUCAGAAACAAUCAAUUACCUGAGACAAACAGGCAUGCUGAGCUGGCACGCCUCGCUGCAAAACUGAAGGACCUGUUCGAGCGAGAAAAGUUCACCGACGUGGUCUUUGAGGCUGCUGAUGGGACCAAGAUUCGUGCGCACCGCAACAUCGUAGCAUUAUGGUCGCCAGUGCUGGAGUCGAUGCUAGAGGAUGCAGCGGAUGAGAGGGAUCAGGUGUUCAAGCUGGCAGACGUGGAUGGCCACACCAUGAGGCUGCUGCUCGCCUUCAUGUACGGUUUCGACAUGACUCCCAACGUACCCGCUCUCAAGACAAGCUGGACCGGCAGCUGUCAGCAGUCGAUGUGGAAGAGCGCUCGCUCCUGCGAGUGCUGA